CCGCUCCCGUUCCCAUUCCUGUCCCCAUUCCCGUCCCCAUUCCCAUUCCCGGUCCAUUCCCGUCCGGUCCCCGCUGCCCCUCGCUGCCAUGGCGGGCCCGGCCCCGGGCUGGGCUCCCACCCACGUUCGGGUGACGGUGCUGCGGGCGCGGGGGCUGCGCUCCAAGGCGGCGGCGGGCGGCAGCGACGCGUACGCGGUGAUGGCGCUGGGCCGCGACAAAUUCCGCACGUCGGUGGCCGAGCGGUGCCGGGGCGAGCCGCUGUGGCGGGAGGAGGCCACGUUCGAGCUGCCGGCCCGGCCCGCCGCUCUGCGCCUCACCGUGCUGCACCGCGCCCUCACCGGAGCCGACAAAUUCCUGGGACGGGCCGAGCUGGACCUGGCGGCGCUCAGGGACGACGGCGACCGGCGACACACCAGGUGGUACAAGCUUCGCUCCAAACCAGGGAAGAAGGAGAAAGAGAGAGGGGAAAUYGAGGUGGAUAUCCAGUUUAUGAGAAGCAACAUGACAGCCAGUAUGUUUGAUCUGUCCAUGAAGGACAAGUCCCGCUCUCCCUUUGGGAAGCUCAAAGACAAACUCAAGGGCAAGAGGAGCAGUGGCCUCUCAGACACAGCAUCAGCCAUUGUUCCCAGCACCUCCCACUCCCCUGCUGACAGUGAGGACGAGGCAGUGGAGAAGGAGAAGAAGAAAUCCAAGUUCAAAGCUCUGUUCUCCAAGCCCAGCCUGCAGAAGACAUCGCUGUCACAAUCCAUGUCAGUGCUGCCCACACARCAGCCCAGCACCCACAGGGUUCGGCUUCGGCCCAGUGAUUUCCAGUCCCACUGGGAUGAGGAGGAGUCUGAGACCUCUCCAACCUCAGAACGGUCCUUUGAAAAUGCCCUGGAAGAGAAGCCAGCUCCUUCUCCUCUGUUUAAAUCUCGUAAACCAGCCUUUCUGGACAGUAGGCAGCUAACUCAAGGAACCACUACCCACACCAAAAAGGAUGGGCUCUCUUUGUUCAGUGGCCUUAAAUCCAAAAGUGAUCCUGUUUCCAAGUCUAGCCUGUGCAUCAAUGGCAGUCACGUUUAUAUGGAAGAGACCACGACGAAGGACAAGACUCCAACCUCCUCCCCCUCUCCUCACAAUCUCAGGAGGAAGCAGCUCUUUGCUUCAGAGGAGAACCUGUCCUCCAGGUUCACUAAAUUACCUGAAGAAAUGGGAAGAACCUCUCCCAGUCAGGCUCCCUCUGGGCCCACAUCCUUGGAGACCUUCAAAUCCAUGACUUUGCCAUCAUACAAACUGCUCAGCAGUGAGGAGCAUCUGGACACCAACCUUCCACCAAGUGUGGAAACCAUCAGAGAGACCAAAAAACCUGACCACAAAAAGUCUGCCUUGCUCUCCCUGGUCACUGGGAAAAAGGAAACGGUGAAGACCAGUGAUGCUGAGAAUAUUCCUGACAGGACCCUGCAGAGUGAGGAAAACACAAUUCCAGAAGAGAAGAGUGAAGAGGAGGCCAAAUGCUCUGAACUGCCAGCAGAUUUGGGCAGAGGGGGCUCGUCAGGAGACGCUCAGGGUGUGGAGGAUCCCGUCACAAACAAACAGCAGCUCAGCUCUUGUGAGGAGGAACGGAAAGCUGAGAAAGCUGAGAAAGCUGAGAAAGCUGAGAAAGCUGUGCCAGCCAAGACCAAAGCUGUGAAGCCCAGACUGGGCCUGUCUCCAGAGGAGGAUCCCAAAGCCACGCUUCCUACUCUUGCACCUGACCCCCUCCCUGCUUUUCUUUCUGUGCACUGUAUCAGCAGUGCAAAUAAUCCUUUUAUUUCUAAAGUGGGGCAGAAWGUCCAAGUGCCAGGCUCUGAAAACAUCACUAGUUCUGCCUCCCUCACUUCUCCUGCUGUUGCUGCAGAGCUUUGGAAUGGCAAGAACCCCUUUACUGCUGAGUGGGACAGGGCAGCCACAGCCCUGGAUCCCGAUGGCAUCUCCCAUUUCCCUUCAUCCCCUCAUCUUGCAGCCUCUGCUCCCAAAGUGCCUCUUCCUGGGCAGGCCACUGCUCGGGGCAAUAAUCCUUUUGCUGCUGACUGGGGGCAGGAUCCCCAGAGCUCUGACCUGGAGACAUCCCAAGCUCUCUCUGGCCCACCCUCACCUUCUGUCCCCUCUGAGUGUCAUUUCAAUGACAAUAAUCCCUUCGUGCCCAAGCGUGGGAGGCAGGCAGGGACAGGUUUCCAAGCUGGCACUGGUUCUUCCCUUUCCUCCCUUCCUUGUGGUGAGGACAGUUCCUCUGCUGGACACCCUGGUCACGAGGCUUUGGGGGGCUCUGUGCAUGUGGCUUUAACCAGUGGGGUCACAGCUGUGCCAAACCUUCCUGGCACCGUGUCUGACUCUCCCUCUGGCUCUCCUGGGCUGGCUCCAGAGCAGCACUGGGAUUCUGCCCAGCUCCAGCCUGAGGAUUCUUUGGAAAGCAGCAAGCCAGGCAGUGGGAAAUGUGUGUCCCUUGUCCUUGGGGGAUCGCAGGGUGUUCCAGCAGGUGCUGUGGGUUCGGGUGGGCAGGAGGGUGCAGAGCAGCACUUGGAUUCCAGUGGAAGGUUCUGGAUGGGUUCAGGGCCAGCAGGAGAGCGAGCAGUGUUUGGGGGUGAGCUGGGAGCAGGGGGUCACCCAUCAUCAGAGCAAUCUGGGGACAGCACAUGGCCCUCCUGGAACAGGGAUCCCACUGUGCAGGUCCCUGCUGYAAACACUGAGCCCUGCACCAGGCCUGACAAAGGUUUUGUGUCCCCCUCCAAGUCCUUGGACCAAGUGCCAUCCCCCGAGCUCAGGGAGCAGCAGGAGAGCUGUGCUGGAAAGCAGAGGGUGGAAUUUGUGCCCAGGUUGGAGCCCCAGGCAGCUCCACUUGCUGRAAAUGAGUCRCUGUCUSMRGUCAGAGCAGCCMRKGGAGCCUGCACGGUGCCACCUKGGGAARCUGAGGCAGGGAGGGCUGGCAGCAYRGCCCUGGUGCCACCAAAGCCAGCCCCACGAGUGGCUGUGCUGCUGAAAUCCCCACUGAUCCCCCAGGCCGAGUCAGGGGSUGAUGUUGCUGUUUCAAGUGAUGUAAAACCCACGCCAGGGCUGCUGUUAGCGGGUGAUGAACCCUCAGCUGCUCAUGGCUGCCUCCCUCAAAGCAGCUCCUUGGACACUGUCACUGCUCCAGUKACUGCCAGCAGUAACAGCAGGGACAGGCCUUUCAAAGAGGAAGGUGAUGAUGAUUUAUCUGUCAGGCUCACAAAUCUCAAAUCUGCCAUUCUUGUUCCUGGAGAUCGGGGUUCCAAACUGGCCGGUCUGCCGGUGAUCCUGGAGGGAGGCUCUGAUGAAGAGCUCUUGGGGGACUGUCAGGAGAGCUCCGGGGUUGCUGCAGGUGAUGAAGAUGUCUUAGGGACUGGAGAGCAGCCUGGAGCUUUGACAGCUUUGCAUGGAGAGCAGAGAGAGCUCUCUGACAGCUCUGCUGCAGCCCAGGCUGCUCCGGGAGGAGGAGGAGGAGGAGGAGGAGGAGGAGGAAGAGCUAUUCCUGGUGCUUGUAAGCCAGACAGUUCACUGCCUCCUGCAGUGGCAGCUGCCAGGGGCUGUGUCCAGGGAGCUGACUCAGGCUCAGGGCUGAUGUCUCAUUUGGAGAAACAAGAGCUGGAAAGGAGUGCAGGUGUUGAGGAGCGUGCAGAGUGUGACUUCUCUGAGCCUUCUGCUUCCUCUUCCUCCCUGUCCAGUCCUUGCCAGCCCUUCUCUUGCUCUCCUUCCAUUCUCUCUGACACCCCGAGUCAUAGAGCAGAGUCUCCGAAAAAGCCARCAGCCGAGGGCUUCGCAGAUAAAGCAGGAAAUUCGGGCAAGAAGAAACUUCUCCAGGCACGGGUUUCACCCUCUGAAACGUUCCCUAAGCAAACCCCCCGGGGUGGUGAAACCGUGUCUGCCAAGCACAGACUCCAUCCUGUGAAGCCAAUGAAUGCCAUGGCAAACAAAUCUCAGAGUAAGAACCUGAAUGUCAUCAGCACCAUGAACGAAAAGCUGCUGGAGAUGAGUGUGAAGAAAUAUGAUCCUUCCGAGCCUGCCUAUGCCUAUGCCCAGCUGACACACGAUGAGCUGAUCCARCUGGUGUUGAAACAGAAGGAUACCAUUACCAGGAAGGAUCUCCAAGUGCGGGAACUGGAGGAUUACAUCGACAACCUGCUGGUCAGAGUCAUGGAAGAAACCCCAAACAUCCUCCGUGUUCCCGUGGCUGGGAACAGAAAAGCUGGGAAGAUGUGAAGGGUUUCGGGGUGUUGGUGAGCACAGAGUUCCCACCAGAGGAGGGAGAGGAGCUGGUGUGGAGCUGCCCACAGAAAAUCACCUUUUUCCUGUUUCUGCCUUGAGCAACUCUCAGAUUGAUUAAUAGUUCCAGGAGGUGUUGUAAUGAAAUCACCUUAUCAUGAACAUAAAUAUGGUGGAUUUUGGAGCUGGGGCUCACCUUGAGCAGCCUUCAAAGGUGAUCAGUCUUGCAGUGCUUUUUUCCAUCAUUCCUUGUGCAGCCCAGAGAGGGGAUGGAGCUGGGGCUCCCAUCUGCUCUGCUUCCUUGGGGCUUGCUGCUCAGUGGGAAGAAAACCUCGCGUGGCUGAGAGGUUUUGCUGGACAAUCAGUGCCUUCCUUGGUGUCUCAGUGGAUCCAGGGACCUUCUCCUCCCCAUCCCACAGGGAACAGCUCAUUGCUGAUGAGCAGCCACCAUUUCCCUGAGUGAAAACAAAACGGGGCUUUUUUAUAGCGAGCUCUUGUCAAAGAUGAAAAAAAUAAGACUUUUUUAUGGCGAGCUCUUGUCAAAGAUGAAAAAAUAUCAGAUGUGUUUUUGCACCUCUGGGAUUUACCAGGGUAGGGAGAGACCAUAAAAGGCUUAGAAGGAAGUUGGGAUAUCGACAGAGCAGGAAGCAAAAGACCAAAGUUUUAUGAGGACCAAAGCUUAAAGCUUUCCAACCUUAAUUCUAUGGAAAUAAACACUCCUACCUUUGGAAGUUGUUGGGUUAUUGGGUCGCCCCUGGCUCAGGGGUGAGUUUCUAACUGAGUUUUUCUACAGAAAAGCACUUUAUUGAGGGACUGGAGCAGCUGGAUGGACUCUCACCCUGUGAGCAGUCUGCUUACAAUUGUCACAAACCACUGGAAACUACUGGAGAUCUCAAAUACUGUAUUUUUGUAGUGAAGAGCAGUUUAAUAUAUUCGCAUGGAGAUGUAAACAUUUAUUAGGAAAAAAAAUUCCAAAAAAAUGCUGUUAAUGACAUUUUUAUUGCUGUAAACUGACCUGCUACCAAAGUCUGGAGCUUUUCUGGCAGAUCUGUCCCUCACGGGCAGCCUGACCUUGAACAAGCCCUAAGAGCUGAGAGUCUUCCAAGACUUCAGGUACUUUUUUUUUCUCAUUUUAGUGUUAUUUGAGCAGUGAGGGGGUUCUCUCUUUUCUGCUGUCCCCUCUGCUGUGAAUGAAGGGUCCAAAACGCAGGUGGCCUUAGUGGUGGAGGUUUAGUUCUGAGUUUAGGUGCUGGUUGGCCUUGCAGAAACUGCUGCUACUUCUUGUGCCUUCUCGAGGGGAGGAAGAUGAAGGAUUGAUUUGUUUCCUCCUCGCGCCUCGGUGGAUCUCUGCACAGAGCAUCCUGUACCUCACUGAUAAAUUUGUAUUUUAGACUUUAUUCCGCAGCUUUCUGAUGCUCUGGCUCMGAGAGGAAACCCCGCUGUGCCUUGGAAUGGUGCCUCAGUGGGUCAGAAACUCUCCCUGGUGUUCCUGGWGGCUGUGAGUGGCACAGGGAGCAGCACUGGGCUCCUUCCAGUCCCUGGAUUUUGCAGCACCUCGUGUGUGAUGAUUCUGGAGUUCAUGGAGCUCCCAUUCCUGCUGGGAGAGCGCCCUGCACACAACCAAAGCAAUAAUAUCUGCUCUUAGCAGAGAGGAAGCCGUGAAACUCCUAAACCUCUCCCCUGGUGGCAUUUUUUUGGCAUUUCCAGCCGUGUUUGUCGGGAUGGAUCUUGCCCUGGGAUCAUUCUCUGGG